CUCGCCAUUUUGGUUUUUUGUUUUGUACAUUUGUUUCUUCGGCUGUGUCUUUUUGAGAAACUUGUAAACUGGUCCAAUCCGCAAGGUGCUGCCGAAUUUCGGCCAAGUUUUUCCUCCGUUCCUCACCCGAACCACGAAGGGUGCAGUGGCCGUUACGAACAAGCAACAAACGCUCCACGCUCGAUGAAUAUCGCGACUCGCGAUCGGGUAAAGCCGACAAGAUAGCGGCGGCGCAGGCUUCAGGCUUUGGCAGCAGCAGGGACGUCUCGAACGACGGCAUGAUGGCUGCUACGUGGGCGUAUGACAACCAAAGUAGUAGCAAGUAUCCCGCCGAAGCGACCGACUUCACCAGCGGCGAGGCGGUCACCUCGGCGGGAUUUUUCUCGUCCGAUCUGCGACGCCACGAAGACCUCAAGAAUAUGCUGGACAGCAGCAAGGACGGGCUCAAGCUGGAAGCGAUGAAGCGGAUCAUUGGCAUGAUCGCCAAAGGCAAGGACGCGUCUGAACUGUUCCCGGCGGUCGUGAAGAACGUCGUCUCCAAGAACAUCGAGGUGAAGAAGCUCGUGUACGUUUACCUCGUUCGCUACGCCGAGGAACAGCAAGACCUGGCUCUGCUUUCCAUCUCGACCUUCCAGCGGGCCCUGAAGGAUCCGAACCAGCUGAUUCGGGCGAGUGCCCUCCGAGUGCUGUCCAGUAUUCGGGUGCCGGUCAUCGUGCCCAUCAUGAUGCUCUCCAUCAAGGACGCCGUGAACGACAUGUCGCCGUACGUGCGCAAGACGGCCGCGCACGCGAUUCCCAAGCUCCACAGUUUGGACCCGGAACAGAGGGACCAACUCAUUGAGGUGAUCGAGAAGCUUCUGGCCGACAAGACGACGCUGGUCGUCGGGAGCGCGGUCAUGGCCUUCGAGGAAGUCUGCCCCGAGCGGAUAGACCUGAUCCACAAGAACUACCGCAAGCUGUGCAACCUCCUCGUGGACGUUGAAGAGUGGGGUCAGGUUGAGAUAAUCCUUAUGCUGACCCGCUACGCAAGGACGCAAUUCGUGGAUCCCAACAAGCUGGACGGAGGAGGCGGCGAUGAGGAACGGCACUUCUACGACUCUGGCGACGAAGACCGAGCUCCGUCUAUCGACUCAGACCUGCGUUUGUUGCUGCGCAACUGCAAGCCGCUGCUCCAGAGUCGCAAUUCGGCGGUGGUGAUGGCGGUGGCCCAGCUCUACUACCACUUGGCGCCCAGGAGCGAAAUCGGCAUCAUAGUGAAGUCACUCAUUCGUCUGCUAAGGAGCCACCGCGAGAUCCAGACAGUGGUGCUGAGCAACGUGGCCACCAUGUCGACGAAACACAAGGGUAUGUUCGAGCCCUUCCUCAAGAGCUUCUUCGUCCGCACAAGCGACCCCACGCAUAUCAAGCUUCUCAAGCUGGAGGUGCUCACCAACCUGGCUACAGAGACCAACGUGUCCAUCAUACUCCGCGAAUUCCAGACAUACGUAUCCAAUCCGGACACUGAGUUUGUUGCGGCCACCAUCCAAUCUAUUGGUCGUUGCGCAAGCAGCAUCAAGGAGGUCGCCGACACGUGCCUCAACGGACUGGUGUCCCUCCUCUCUAACCGUAAUGAAGCUGUGGUUGCAGAGAGUGUGGUGGUCAUCAAGAAGCUGCUUCAGAUGCAACCCUCUGAGCACAAGGAUAUCAUUGGCCACAUGGCAAGGCUCAUGGACACCAUAGCAGUUCCCAUGGCAAGGGCCUCCAUCCUAUGGCUGCUUGGCGAGUAUGCGGACCGUGUGCCCAAGAUAGCCCCAGACGUCCUGCGGAAGGUGGCCAAGACAUUCAUCCAGGAGGAGGACAUAGUCAAGUUACAAACACUCAACUUGGCCUCCAAGUUGUACCUGAUCAACCCAAAGCAGACGAAGCUCAUCACCCAAUACGUGUUCAGUCUUGCCAAGUACGACCAGAACUAUGAUAUCCGAGACCGCGUUCGGUUCCUCCGACAGCUCAUCAUGCCCCAAGGAGAGGCAGGAACAGCACUGUCGAAGCAUGCCAAGAAGUUCCUGCUGGCAUCCAAGCCUGCGCCAGUCUUGCAGUCAAAGUUUGAGGAUCGGGACCAGUAUCAAAUGGGCUCGCUCUCGCAGUUCAUCAAUGCCAGAGCCAACGAAUACCGUGAGCUUCCAGACUUUCCUGAAGUUGCUCCAGACCCCUCGGUAAGAAAUGUGGAUAUUGCUCCAGCAUGGCCAGAGAACAAAGUCACCAAAAAGAAGCAGGUGGCUAAGAAGAAGAAGUCAUUUUACUCCGAGACAGACACCAGUUCGCCGGAAGAUGAGUCUCGCUCUGAGUCCAGUGGAGAAGGGUCCUCCUCUUCGGAGAGCGGGUCGGAGAGCGAAAGCGACUCGGAUGACGAUUCAGCCGAGUCUGGAGUGGAAGAUGGAUCGGACGAGUCUGCAGACAGCAGUAAAGUGAACGGGGAGACAAAGGACGACAGCGAAGACUCCAGCUCGGACAGCGACGAAGACUCCGAGACAUCCAGCUCCGAAGAAGAAGCUAAGGCUCCAAAGAAAAGAGAUGCUAAACCGCCUUCGAGAAAGAAUGUGGAUCUCCUUCUCGACCUUGAUGACAUUGCAACCGUCUCCAGCGCUCCACUCCAGCCAUUCUCGGCUCUCACCAUGACAUCAGUUCCGAUUGCCGCACCCAAGCCAAGUGGGCCCAAGUUCGCGGUUGUGCCAGUGCCAGCUUAUGUAUCUCACGAGCGAAAGGAGCUAUUAAACAAACUUUCGGGUAGCGGGCUCAGCGUGAGCUAUCGCUUUAGCCGCUCACCAAACAUAUUUUCCCCGAGGAUGACAUCCAUCGAACUCGUGCUAACAAACCAUGGCGACAAAGAGCUUCAGGAGCUGUACGUCCCAGACCGGAAGUCUGGACAGGUUGAGAUUAAGGGCUUCCCACGCAGUGGAACUCCGUUGGGUCCUGGAUCGUCAAUCGUGGGAACAGUUGGAAUUGACUUCAACGAGAGCACACAGCAGGCAACCCUGGAGGUGCGUCUGGGAGACGACCUGUGCUAUCCGGUCGCCCUCAAGCCACCAGUAGGGGAGAUCCUGCAGCCGGUACGCAUCUCCAAGACCGAGUUUCUGGCUCAGCAAGGAAAAAUGAGGGGCAUGAACGAAAGCUCUUGUCCCCUCGAUGUAGAGGAUGGUGGCAAGGCAACGAAGCAGAUCUAUGCGGCUGCCAACUUGUUGCUCCUGGAUGAAGCGGAACCAGGGGUCCUCCGGUUUGCGGGACAGACAUUGGCAUCGGCCAGCUUGGUCCUCGUCAGCAUCCAGCUGUCGGAUGGCACGUGCAAAGGCUCGCUGACUGUAAACUGUGAGAAGAUGGUGAUUGGUUCCAUGCUGCUCAAGGAACUCAAAGAAGCCCUGUCUUGAUUUGGUUUAUAGGUCCAUGGCCGCAUGUGGAGGGAGGGUUCUCAUUGAUACGUCCACAGUAGUCGCCUGGUUGUCAGUGCGACGCCGCAGUUGAUUGAUGCAAGCUCUGAAAGUUAUGGACUCGUUACUAUUCUAAGAUGCACUGUUAAGGGUAUAGUAUGCACUAUUAAACUGCUUGCCAUCCGACCAUUCCUUUUGGGAACUGUUGCUCUGAAGACUUUGGGGCAUUGUUUUCAAGAAAAGACAUUGGAGGAGGUUUUUACGGGUGCCUAUUUUCUGUGAGGUGUAUAAUUCUCCCGUACCUUAUUUUUUAGGUUAUGGAUAACCUUUGAGUACUGCACCUGAUUAUCAAUAAUUAUCAUUCAAUUUUCACGGGAGCACUUGCCAGAACCAGAAGUCAUGUUGGAUAGGGCAGAUAUUACUGCUACAUGUUGUUUGUUUCAACGAGGAAUUAUUUCUGUGACCCAAUGAAGAAUGAUAUUGUAGGGAACAUCUUUUUUUGUGAUCAACUUCAUGAUAGAUUUGUUCACAACUUUUUUCAAUGCAAACGAUCGAGUUUAUAUAAACGAAUUACCUUGA